UAGAAAAUAUAAUACAAAGCACCAAAACAGUCAAAAAACAAAACAACGCGUGGAAUAGUUGAAGGAUAAAGAAGAAAGUAUAAAGGAUAACCUAGCCAUGCAGAAUUUAAUCAAGAGUCGUGCCCUCUUCGAGAUCCUCAAGCACCCAUUGCCGGAUAAUUACUUUGAUAGCGACAGCGGCGAGGAGGAGAUAGUGGAGUACCAUGUGGUAUUGCCUAGCGAUUGGGAUCUGCAUCUGGCUGGACAGCCGAGUACAGUGAAGCUAUGUGCCGAUGCUCCCGAGUUCGUGCCGCGCUCCAUGAAGAUUCCAAAAGAGUUUACCCAAGAUGAAGAUGAAGAUAAAGUGGACUUGACCGAAAUUAAGCGAAUGUUCGAGUCCUUGGAUGAGCUCAAGAUGAUGGAGGCCAAGGCUCAAGAUGAAGAUAAAGACGAGAAGGUGGAUUUGACUGAAAUAAAGCGAAAGUUCGAGGCUCUGGAUGAGCAAAAGGUGGCCAAGAUGACGACAAUGCCUUGGAAGGGAUUCCCCAAAAGACAAGCGGAGAGAACUGCUCGUAGUGCACAGGUGAUUUUGUUAAACGAUUCGGACUAUAUGAUUGUUCCCCGCAACAAGGGAAAGAAAAAGUCGUCGAAUAUGGAGAACUUCCCGGGGGAGAAUACCGCUGAGUACGAGGAGAAUGUGGUUCCUUUUCCAUCACAUAUCCUAGCCGAUUUGCCGCCUGCCGACGAGAGGCUGACGAAGGCCCAGGAGAAGCGUCGCGAACAGGAACGAAAGGUGGCUUUGGAGGCCUUGAAGCUGGUUGAACAACGACGCAUGCGAGGCCCUUUAGUUUCCAACCCGGAUGAAGGCAAAUCCGAUAAUCCCGAGAAACCCCAGCCGGUUGUGCAUCUCUCUCGUUCGCCCAUAAGAUUUUCGCCGGAGGAACGGAUCCAGGUGGAUCGUUUGAGAGUCGCCAAGAGGGAGCGCAUCGAGAAGGCCCUUCUGGAAAUGGCCAAUGAGAAGAAGAAGGAGCAGGCGGUGCUGUCCACCAAGAGAUAUAUACCCACGGCCAAGGAAUGGGACGAGCAACGUCGGGCCAAGCACUUGGCCCAAAUGGAGGCCGACAAGGAGAAUGUGAACUGCAAUCGUCUGGCAAACGCCAGAGCCAAGCAGCCUGUAAUGAAACCCAAUGGGCAACCCAGCAUGCCAUCGAAAUCUAUUAAGAAAGGGGAUCCUGGUGCUCCUGCCAAACAGCUCUAUUGUCCACCGGGGGGCAAACUACUCAAAGACGAGAAACGCAAAGGAAAUCUCACACACUACCAAACAACUCGCAAAUGGAGCAGCCGUAAAUGUAGCAAAGCUCCCAUGAAGUUGGUUCAAAAUCCAGAUGGAACUGUCGUGAAACGCUACAGUAUUGAAGAGCUGCUGCAAUUUGAACCGCAGCCGGAGGAUCUUGAAAAACCCCAUGUCGAUGAGGCCCUCAAGCGAUUCGGAUUUCUCAUUUAAUGACAAUUUCCAUGAGCUUUCUAUUCUGUUUGUUUAGAUUUUCUUAAUUUCAUUCGUUUCGAUUUUGUUCCUUUUCAAUUUGUUUAUUUUUUGAUUUCCCAUUUCAAAAACCAUUUAUUAUCCAUGAGUUUUCAUAGUACUUUGUAUUAUGUGCUUAGGCUGCAGAUAAAAUGUCAUUCCAGAAUGUACGUUUUAGUAAAAUAAAUCAUUGUUAGUCUACUGUCGAACUGGAAAUAUUGUAUUUUACCAGAAACAGGGUUUUUUUC